UCUACCAAAAAUAUUCCUUACAGCGUGCUAUCCUUUCCCCACCCGUGUCGCGCACACGUGUUCUCUUCGCUCCCCUACAAACACGAGGUGCGGUUCUAAUUUCGUGACAGCACCGAUACCCACCACUCGAUACCUCUCUUCUUUUCAUUUCUGCAAUUCUUCUGCAACCGUGUUUGGGACAGAUCUAGAUCGCCGGCAAUGGCGGACUUGCCGGAAGAUAGCCGGAACUCUUCUCACAGUUCAAAUGAUCACGGAAACGGAAAGGGUAUGGAGGAUAGUGUGCAUUCUGCUGCCAAUGGUACAAGCUCUUCAGCCUCAGAUAUUCCUGGCAAAGUGUUGUCUAAAGUGACCACAAUGCCUGUAGACAUUUCACAUGGAGAUAAAUUGGAGUCAAGUUCAAGUAAGUUUAGGAUGGAAAGGUCAAAGACAGAGAGGCUUAGACACUUAAGUCCUGAAGAUGCAGCACAAAUUUUUGAUGACAAAAUUCCUGUUCAGGAUAAGCUUAAAUUGUUGAACAGAAUAGCUACUGUUAAAGAUGAUGGAACUGUAGAAUUUGACGUUCCUGUAGAUGUUGAACCUGAGGCAAUUGUUACUCAAUCCACUAAAGUAAAUCAUGUUGUUGAUGAUUCACUUGAUGCAACGGACUUUCAUUACAUCCCACCAUUGAAUAUAGUCAUGCUUAUAGUUGGUACACGAGGAGACGUGCAACCAUUUAUUGCAAUAGGCAAACGAUUGCAGGACUAUGGCCAUCGAGUUAGAUUAGCAACCCAUUCAAAUUUUAAGGAGUUUGUUUUGACAGCGGGGUUGGAGUUUUAUCCAUUAGGCGGUGAUCCUAAAAUUCUGGCUGGUUAUAUGGUUAAAAAUAAGGGCUUUCUGCCAUCAGGACCUUCUGAGAUACCUAUUCAGCGAAAUCAAAUGAAAGAAAUUAUUAACUCUCUGCUUCCUGCUUGUAAAGAACCAGAUAUUGAUUCUGGGGUGCCCUUUAAAGCAGAUGCAAUCAUUGCCAAUCCCCCUGCCUAUGGGCAUACACAUGUGGCAGAGGCACUUAAAAUUCCAAUUCAUAUUUUUUUCACAAUGCCAUGGACGCCAACUACUGAAUUUCCACAUCCUCUGUCACGUGUAAAGCAACAGGCUGGUUAUAGGCUUUCAUAUCAAAUAGUUGACUCUUUAAUUUGGCUUGGCAUACGGGACAUGAUUAAUGAUCUUAGGAAGAAAAAGUUGAAACUACGACCAGUCACUUAUUUAAGUGGCUCACAAGGCUCUGAGACUGAGAUUCCACAUGCAUACAUAUGGAGUCCACAUCUUGUUCCUAAACCAAAAGAUUGGGGACCAAAAAUUGAUGUAGUAGGAUUUUGCUUUCUUGAUCUUGCAUCAAACUAUGAACCACCCGAGUCCCUUGUAAAAUGGCUUGGAGAUGGUGAUAAACCUAUUUACAUUGGAUUUGGUAGCCUGCCUGUUCAAGAACCAAAAAAGAUGACAGAAAUAAUUGUAGAUGCACUGGAGACCACUGGACAGAGAGGCAUAAUCAAUAAAGGAUGGGGAGGACUUGGGAAUUUGACAGAACCAAAGGACUCAAUAUACUUAUUGGAUAGUGUCCCUCAUGAUUGGCUUUUCUUGCAUUGCAAGGCAGUGGAAAAGUGGCUAGACCAUUCUUAAGAAUGUUAAUUUUAAAAAAAGUAAAUUAAACAUGCGAAACAUACUUUUCCAAAUUUAAAUUCUCGAGAAACUAAAUAUUUCCUUUCGAUUAUACUUUUCCUUAGUCGAUCCAUUAUAGUAGUACAAGUCACAUUGAAUUAUUAGAAUAAAAGAUCAUAUGUCUAUUGAACUUUCAAACUCUUUAAGUCGGUCGAAGUCAUAAUUUGUUGGAUAAUCGUGGCCUUGCAGCUGAUGUUUGCUGUUUCACAAAUCUGGAAAGUCUGUUCGGUACAAAGCUUACAUAAUCAUGUUUCAGUGUUUCUAGGCAGCAUCAUUUGUAUAUUGAAUGAAUCUUUAAUUUCCAUUCAUAUGCAUCUUUUUCAGCAUACUUAAUCUAGUAUUUUUGUUUAUUGAAAUUUUUUACGUAGUAGCAUGUCUUAUAGUACUACAAUUUCUUUCACGACAUGAAGAUGAAAACAAUGUUGUGUAAGUAACUUGAGGGAACCUUUUAAAGUAUUGAACCAUGAAGACCAACACCUAACCAGAAAGUUUUUCGAUUCAUGUUACCCCUAUCAUUCAAAGAAUCAAGAUCAUCCAAACCUUGCCCUUGCCCUUUCAUUCAUAUCAAGAAAUUACCAUAUAAAAAUUUUGCUCUUUCAUUACCAAGUUCUAUUUCUUGAUGUGGAGAAACUUAGUUACAAUCUUCACUUAGCCAUUGAUUACUAUAAUACCUAUAAUAAAAAAUUCUGUUACUCAUUUUUAUCGAACAUUGUGUAAUCCUAGAAAAAUGCAUAAAUAAAAAUAUUAUCGAGUUAUGAGCUAGACAAUGAAGAACUGUGCUAUUCUUUUCUUUGUCCAUCCAUCAAUUGAUAUGGAAUUAACCACUUCAUAACAUGUUGAGCUUCCUUUCUCUCUCAGUCAUAUGUGACCCUUUUCACCUUUUCUAUCAUUGAACCCCACAUUUCAUUCACUAGGUUAAGAGAAUAAACUUUCUUAUUGUCUUGUAGAAACAUCAUUGAUUGGGGUAGUUGAAAGAAAGUACGUAAUCCACCUUAUCCCACCAAUUGUCAUCUAAUAAAGUAUCCUUUACAAUUUGUGUUUCCAACAUCUUCCUUGUAAGAAGACCAUUGAUCACUAAUCAUCAUCUUUUGCAGUCCUCUUUUCAAUUGCAUAAAUCUUUUGAGCAUUACAGUAGUGAAGGUAAAUCUUGUUGGAGCAAGGAAAGCAAUUCAAUGAGUUAAAAAUGGACAAUCUCAUUGACUGACUCAAGAUGAAAAUUUUAAUAAUUGCAUCUUCCACGGUUUGGGUAAUCCAAAAACAGUCUUGGUAAACAACAGUACUUGUCUGAAUUCUCAGCUGCAUAUGUAUUCUUUAAAGCAAGAUUUAGUGUAUGAAGAGCACACAGAGUCCAAUAAAUAGAUAGAAAGCAAUUAUUUAAAGCUUUUGUUUUACUAACAAUUGCAUUAUUAGUUACAUCAUUUGAUGGCCUAAUUCCUAAUUACCUUCGACAUAUGCUUGACCGUGAAAUCUUUGUUUAGUUUCUUGCUGAUGGGUUUGAUUUGGUGCCCCAUCUUCUUUUUGAUAAUAUAUUACAAA